AUGGCGUCGUCGCUGCCAAACGCGCCCCUUCGGGCAGCUGUCCGGUCCAAUAAUUCCCUCAUCUCUCACCUCUAUCCUUCGGUCGCAGCAUCAUGUCAAUGUCGUCAGUUCUCUCUGUCGUCCCAACGUAGGGCCCUGCGGGGAACGCCGGAGAACAUCUCCAUGAAACAGCCGGCUCAGCCUAGUAUGCGGACGAGAGGUCGUGAACUGGCAAGGGCGGAUUUACCUCAAGAUAUUGGAUUGCUGCCCGGGACCUUUAUUCGGCCGCUGUGGAGGGAUAUGCCCUCGAUUUUCCAGCAACCAUCUGAGCGCCUACGAAUGGAAUGGCUCUGGUUGAAGUCGGGUGUUCAGAACUUCCUAGGCAUGGUUGUCUACAGUAAAUGGCUGAACACAGGCCUGCCGCUUCGCCUCAGAGAACGACGAUAUGUCGCUCGCGACCUCCACAAACUGAUGUACUCUGCUUUCGCCGACGGCGAUAUUCGAACCCUGCGCAAAGUCUGUUGCACAGGACUUGCAAACAGCCUUAGCAGGCGCAUCAACAACCGCCUCAAAGACGAAAAAGUCACUUGGUCCUUGGAAAAAUACAACCGAACACCAGGCACCUUUCUCACCGGCCUCCGCGUGGUAUCAGACCGCGCCACUCAAAUCCCCGAGAUACCAGAUUCUGGAGUCCGUCAGGUAGUGGUGCGCAUUACGAGUCGUCAGUCAACCGGCAAAAUCAAACUGCAACCAAAGCAUAGGCCCCAGGGCCCUUCGGUUCCCGCAGAGAAUGCUGCCUCGACUAAGCAGCAGGAUUGUACAGAAUACAUAGUUGUUCAGAAACUCCGGUGGGCUGGCGAGGAAGAAGACUGGCGGAUCUGGGGCCAUGCGACACCCACAACGGUGGAGGAUCUCAGCAACGCUUUCUUCGCCCCAGGCAUGACGGUUGCAGACCGUCUGGAGGCCAUGAAGGAUUCAAUGCAGGGCCGGAAGUAA